AUAUAGGACACGUUUGAUAAACUGAAUUCGCUUGUAAACAUUGGAAAUGCGGACCGUCGCCUCCGAGGCCUUUUCCUCGCAUUCAAAGAAGGACAGCUCGGGAGGACAGCCGGGAGAUGCACAUUUAAAUAACUGCAUUCAGGCAGAGAGAGACACCGCAUCGUGAGCCCACCUGUGGACCAAACCCUGGAUUUUAUCAGCUGGAGAUGGAUGUUUACUUCUUGCUACUGCAUCUUUAAGAUCUGUGACAGCUGCUGCCAGAUGACCAGGACUCCACCAUGAAGCCUGUGAGCUAUGAAAGCAUGCCGUCAACUGUGAAUGCCGGAUAUCCGAACGUGGCCGUGGAGCAUCCAUUAAGUACCCCGAAAGUGAUGUACUGUGAAAAAUGUGGAUUCGCUUCUAUGAACGCAGUUGAGUUCAACAAGCACAUGGUGGAGCACACGGGGGCGAGGUUUUUUUGUUUCUACUGCAAUCGUGUUUCGUUCAGCGAGGCAGAAUUAAACGAGCACAUGAAGCAGCACACCACAAAGUAUCCAUUCAAAUGCCCUCACUGUGGACAAGGCUAUAUGAGAAGGCUGUGCCUUGUGAAGCACAUUGACCGCUUGCAUAGUAAGAACGUCAGUCAAGGAGCUGCUAAGCCUGGCAUGACAAAAAGUCCACUUGUCCCCGUCUCCACUGCUUUAACAAGUGCAUCUACUGCUGAUCCUUGUCCACCUCAACCUGUUGUCCGAGUGACCGUGCCCACCCCAACUGCACCUGCUGUCAGACUGGGAAAGGAUAAUCAAAGAGGGAAAACACUGGACACAAAUGUAUCAAAUGCCACAAACGGUAAUGCAGAACGCCUGUCUCAUCUGAAUGGACUCAUUCAGCACAACAGGGCUCUAACAGUUAGUCUGCCAGAUGAAGUAAGCAUCCCUGCUGGCUGUUUGGUGGAGCUUGUUGAGGUGAAAACUGUCAAUGGGACUAAGGAGCUCAAACUGAGGCUCACCUCUCAGCAGGAAAAUGAGUCUGUGAUAAAGAAUACAAAAACAGCAGUUACACAAAAUGCUGCUCAGGUAAAGCCGUUACCUUCCACUUUACAUCACGCCAACACAGCGAGGUCUUCGAGUAUGGACAUGUGCAUAGUCAACAGGAAGCUGUGCGAAACAAAGACGGCAAAUGUAGAGCGUCCCGCUGCUGUGCCAGUGAAGAUUUCUAACAACCUUCCAAAUUUAGCAAACAAAGGGAAGCGCGCUUUGAAAAGAACAUCACCAGAAAUAAUUAAUUUGGAGUGCAACACAGUCGCCCCAAACAAAGUUUUCAAAAACAUCCUGAGUCCUGUAAGUGAAGGAAAUGGUGUGAUCCACGUUACACAGGCAGCAUCUGUGAACCACAGUGCUGCUUCUCCGGCUGCCUUCUCCGGCAGUGUCAGGAGCUGGUUGAACACUGCUGCUCAUCCGCUCAGCAUGGGCACAAAUAUUCCCCAGAGAGCGAUGGAUGAGAGAAAAAAUGCAGCUGCGGAACCCCCCAGGACUAUCCCAGUGAGGAGGCCAACCGAGAUGAGCAACGUUAAAGAGGUAUCGGGAUCCAUGAAGCUGGAACCAGACCUGAUCUGCGUCAAAAGCAUCGCUGCCCCAAAAGAUGCUAAAGGGGUGGUGUGCCUCAACCAGCAAACCAAACAGUCUUUUACCGGUAGUUCUCUGAAGGGUGUUGCAAAUUCUGCUGCCCAAGUGAGACCUCCAUCCAUUUUAAUCAAAAAACCUAAUGUAGCAAAUCAGACUUUUCAACCACUAAGAAUCCUAACUAAACCCAUAUCAAUUAAAGCACCCGUCCUUCCUAAUCAUACUAAUUCAAAAGUAUCUACCGGUGCUGCUUGUACCCAGGGGGUCCGAUUUAAUGAAGGCAAAACAAAAGUAGAUGUGUCAAAACCCGAGAGUUUUCCUGUCAUCUCCUCUGUGUUUUCAUUAAGUCAGCAGCCGGAGGAAAGCCAAGGCUCCAUUCAGCCACUGGUAAUGGCUCUGAGAGGCAUAGUGAUGGAUAAAAAACACAGUUCUGAAGCUUCAACUCGAGAUCAACUCAAGAUUAAAAUAAAAAACGACACGGCGCAAAGAUGCAAGGCACCAGCAGCACGGCACUCCGUUCAGGUCCCUGCAAAAAAUGGAUCCUUCACCCACGACGCGUCGCUGACACGGCAGACGAGCGAGGCUGUAAAGGUGGAGGUGCAGGAUGUUCUGCCGUCAUCUGUGCCAACGCACGAUGACCUCCGUGUCAAGGAGGAGAAAAGCGUCGUCGAAACAACAGAUGGUAACAACUGCAGUCCAGUUGCCGCUUCAAAAUCUUCCACGUGUAUGGAGUCCGAAGCUGCUCCACAGUUAGAGGCAGCUGCAACCGUAGAUCCUCUCCCACAAACGGGCAUAAACGAGAACGACGUCUCUAAAUUCUUGACUAUCUCCCUGAGACGGGUGCAGGUCGGUGUGUGGGAAAAAAGCGAGAAAGGGCUGGAGCUUGGAUAUAAGCCUCGCUUACCCAUCGGCAGCCUCGGAGAUUGUACGGUGAUUUACCCCAUGCCGCUGAAGGAGGACCAGCUGGUGAAACGACCCGGUCCGAACCAGCCAGUGGUGGUGCUCAAUCACCCGAAACCCCGAGUUGCUCUACAGAGAGCAAGUGCAGACUCUUUUGCAGACGUGGGAACGCCGGAAACGGUCCCAAAAUGCCAAAUUUUAAAAAUGAGGCUCAGCAAAGUGAUGGGCCAAAAGUACGAGGUGAUGGGAUGUACAGUUGGAGUUUUUCCAUGAAUGUAGAUUUUGUCUGUAAACACGAGUGUACAUUUGGGAGAAGAUAAAUAUCACGAGACGUCAAAAGAUACAAAAUAUUAACUUAAAUAUUUUCUUAAAGGAAUUACAAGUAAAAAAAAACAAAAUAUGGACAACGUUGUGUAUCAUGUGUCCAAGUGCAAUGUAGUUUGCUUUUAUUCACAAGUGUUGUCGGUGUAGAUUUCAUAUAGUGAGCCAGACGGUGCUGGUUCAGCAGUUCGAGAAGUCGACAGAUCUGACAGAAGUGUUAAUGCAUGGGUUUUAUUGAAAGAUGGACUUUUAAUUUGUCGCAAAGGUUCAUUUUGGAUGUUCGUGCUGUGGAAAAAAAAAAAUUGGUUAGCCCACUAAGUGAGGGGGCGGAGCUACUGAUAACAUAUUUGUAUGAUGUCCUUUUUCUUGUCACCCCACCCUGCACAGACCAAUCAGCAUUAGUUAAUUAAUGAAACUAAACAGACUAUUUUAAACAACUAUUCCGAUAAAGGGAAAACAGAAAAGUUAACUUUCAGUUAUCCUAUAAAAAUAUCUUACCAUUAAUGUUUUUAUUUGCCGCCAGUUGCAUUGACAUUUA